AUUUUCUGUCACUGGGAAACCCCUAAGUCUCACUCAACUCGACUCUCUCUCUCCCGUCUUGUUCCCUUUCUCCGGCAGCCAUGGCGACCACCAUGCUCUUCAGGAGAGCAGCCGCUAGAUUGAGCUCUUCCGGGCUCGUCCUCUUCUCAAAGACAGCAAAACCCGUUUCCCCAGCUCGAACCUCUAUGUGCCGAUCCCACUUCUCCUGCAUUUCGAGAUUACCGGUGGAGUUGAGCUGCUCGGGCUCGAUGAUGCCUCUGCAUAAUGCAAUCGCGUCUGCGCUGUUGAGAUCGAGACUGGCUUCGGAGUCGCAGAGUUGGGGAUUGGUCCCACAAGGUCUUUCAUUGCCUUUAUGACCAUCAACGAGCAGAAUAACAACCUUAUUUGAAUGGCAAACGAAAUUUUGAUUAGCCUUCGAUUACUGUUCCUUAAGCCUUAAAUGUAAACUUCUGGGGCGUUGUCUCUGUUCCUUUUCCAGCGUUUCUGUUCUUGUAUCGACAAAAGAUCAAUUCAAUUCUCUCUCUCUCUC